AUGAAUACACCAGUAGUGAGAAGAGGCUCAAGGAGAUCUAUGAUGGAAUUUCCUCCAUUGUGUGGCCCUCACAGUGAUAUGAUUGUGGACACCGAAGACAUGUCAUAUGAGACAUUCUCUUCUCCUGAGCUUCUUGAGUUAGGUGAAUGGAUUGGAAAUGACAACUUGGAAAGGGGUUUGCCCAAAGAAAGUAUUGCAAGACAGUUGCAAACAAAAACUUAUCUAUUACCUAAUGACUUGGAGGGGUCAACUUCUGAGGAACGACAAAUUGAUAUUUGCAUAAUAUGUCAGGAUGAAUAUAAAAAUAAAGAGGAGAUAGGAAUUCUUCAAUGUGGACAUGAAUACCACACAGACUGUAUAAGGAGAUGGUUAGAUGAGAAAAAUGUUUGUCCCAUCUGCAAAUCGAAAGCAUUGUCUAUUACAUAG